UUUACAACUUAAAAGUAGUUUUAAAGUAGGUUUUCUUGUAAUAUAAUAUUUUUAUAAUGUGAAACAGCUGCCUUUUACUUAUAAGGGAUAUAAGGGAUCUGAAUUCUUCUUACAGUAACAACCUCUUCUCAGAUUGUAUACGCUGUAUAUUAUAUUUCCAUAAUUAUCAAUGAUUUAAGCAGUAUAUUAUUGCUGGACCUGGUGGAAAUGGAGCUGGAUGGUAGGAAGCAGGGAAUAGAUGAAAAAUAUCUAUAACUCAAAUUUGAGGAGAAACUGGAUCCUGCAGCAGAGUGAAAUCACAGCUUGGACACAUAUACCUGUCGGUUCCACAGAGGGGUGAGGAGAAAAGAGAAAACAAGGAAAAUUAUGAGAUUUAUAUGAAGAGACUGAAGAGGAAGUGCCACACACCUGGCAGCAGUUGGUGGCAAAGUUAUAGAGAGUAGGAGUUGUGCAUGUGUGGCAGUUUAAAGAUAAGACAGCUCUCCACAAAUAAGGAGAAUUUAAACCUGUGCGUUGGACCUGCCACACUCUACUUAUUAUAACACAGCUGGGAGGCGAAGGGGGAAAGAGCCAGGGUGAAAAUAAGAGAGAGAGAAAGACAGAGGAAGAAAUAAGAAGAAAAGACCGGAGCAGUGUCAAGAGUGGAGAGGCAACAGAAACAUAUGGUAUUCAAACUACUUUGGAAGGACUUCCUGCUGAGAGUUGAAGCAUCAUCAUCAUUUCAAAGUCACUGUGUUCAUCCUUUUCUCGUAACAGACGCACAGGACUCACUGUCACAGGAUUAAAAGGUCUUCAGUUAAAGGGGAAGUAUCUCAUCAUGGCCCCUCCCUCUCUGUUGAUGCUGCUCAUGGUGGUUGCUGUGGUAACUGGGGCCCGUGCAGCCAGCGAGGAUAAUGAACUGGAUUAUGGGUACUGGAACUACAGAGAGGGCGCCGACAGUGUGAAUGUGGCCUCAGUCCGCAGUGUGACCAGAGUUUUGGACGCAUGGGGAAAACGCAUCUUCCGUGAGAUCAAGACUCUGCUGCACUCUCAGCCCAACACACUGCUGCCAGACUACUCCAGGGUGCGCCCUCUGUCCGAGUCCGUCAACGACCUGUUCAGAGAAGUCUCCCUGCUGCGCAAGCGCAUCACGGAGCUCUCCAAUCGCCUAGCAACCCUGGAACCGUUCCUCCGUCGCCACGGCUACCGAGAGGUGGGGGACGAGAGGACGCGAGGCGACCGGGCGCAUGCACCUCAGAUCCUUAGAGGAGAGGUCGCGAGCCUGGCCCAGUACACCGGGAGGACCCCACCGAGAGGGAGUCGGGUGGUGAGGAGGAGACGGGUGAGAGUGAAGAACGGGGGAUUGAAGCUGAUUCAAAGAGAGAUAGACACACUGACACACUGAGAACUCCUGCAUACAGGGGCGCCGCCAGAAAUCUUGGGCCCCAUGAAAGAUUUCAAUUUAGGCCCCCCCCCCCAAAAAACCCAAAUAAUAAAAAAAUCCACAACUGUCUGAAUUACACUGAAUAGACUGUUGCCUUAAAAUGAAAAUGCCAUGAUAUAUGGAACAUAUCUAUAUAUUUUAACAGAUCAAAUGAUUUAUUUCAUUUCAAAAACUUAAACAAGACAAUACUAUUAAAAUAAUAUUGAUAGCCCUCAAAGGGCCCCUGUCAGUGCUGGGCCCUUAGAAUCGUCCUAACCUUCCCCCCCCCUGGCGGCACCCAUGCCUGCAUAUAUUAUAUAAUAUACGUAGAUCAUUUUUUAUAUAAAAUACAUAUGCCGUAAAUGUAACAUAAUACUGCUUGUCCUAUAAAAUCAUUAUUAUUCUGGUUUGGAUAUGUCAACAAAUAACGUUAUAAUUAUUGACACACUGACAGAGAGAACUCCUGCAUAUGUUAUACAAAUAUAUAUUAUUUUAUAUAAAAUACUUAUAUCUAUAUCACAUUGACAUUACAUAACCUAUACACUGAGUGUCCUAUGAGAUCAUGAUUAUGCUUGUUUGUAUUAGUCAAUAAAUAACUUUUUUUUAA